AUGGGCCUCGACCAGCGUGGAAAGGUCCUCGCUGAAUACGUCUGGGUAGAUGCUCACGGCGGUGUUCGCUCAAAAACAAAGGUUCGUCUUUAUUUUUUAUUUUUUCCAUUUUUGCUUCUUUUUUGGUAUAUUUUUUUUGCUGUGGUGUCGACCCUUGCUCGAACUCGCCUGGUUCCUGCAUUAGCCCCCAGUCAACCCCUCCAUACAGACAACGCUCACUGCUGGCUGGGUCGCCCAGUCACCUCGGCCGACGAGCUUCCAGAGUGGAACUUCGACGGCUCAUCGACAGGACAGGCUCCCGGCCACGACUCAGAUGUCUACCUCCGUCCCUGCGCCAUCUUCCCCGACCCCUUCCGUGGCGGUGACAACAUCCUCGUCCUCUGCGAGACCUGGGACUCCGAUGGCUCCCCCAACAAGUACAACUACCGCCACGAGGCUGCUCGUCUCAUGCGCACCCACGAGAAGGAACAGUUCUGGUUCGGCCUAGAACAAGAAUACACACUCCUUGACGCUGAUGGCUGGCCCUUCGGAUGGCCCAAGGGUGGUUACCCCGGUGCCCAGGGCCCUUACUACUGCGGUGUCGGUACCGGCAAGGCCCAGUGCCGUGACAUCGUCGAUGCUCACUACAAGGCCUGUCUCUACGCCGGCAUCAGCAUAUCCGGUAUCAACGCUGAGGUCAUGCCUUCUCAGUGGGAGUACCAAGUCGGUCCUUGCGAGGGCAUCACCCUUGGUGACCAGCUCUGGAUGUCCCGUUUCCUCCUCAACCGUGUCGCCGAAGACUUCGGUGUCGUCAUCAGCUUUGCUCCCAAGCCCAUCCCCGGUGACUGGAACGGCGCUGGCCUCCAUUCCAACGUUUCCACCGCUGCCAUGCGUGCUGAGGGUGGUAUGAAGGUCAUCGAGGCCGCCAUGAAGAAGCUCGAGGCCCGUCACCCAGAGCACAUCGCUGUCUACGGCGAGGGUAACGAGGACCGUCUCACCGGCCGCCACGAGACCGGAAGCAUCGACAAGUUCAGCUGGGGUGUCGCCGACCGUGGUGGCAGUAUCCGUAUCCCCAGACAGUGUGCAAAGGACGGAAAGGGCUAUUUCGAAGACCGAAGACCCGCCAGUAACGCGGAUCCCUACCAGAUCACUGGUAUCAUCGUUGAAACUGUAAGCCUUCCUUACAUUCCAUCUUACAUUCUAUCAUCAUAG